AUGUUUCGCAAUCGUUACGUCUCUUUUAAUCAUCGUCAAAAUUAUAUAAGAUACCCACAUAAUACAUUUAAUGUGUCUUUGGAUGAUGAAGAAAAUAUUAAUGAAGAAACUGACUAUGUUGAACCAAAUAAUUAUGAGACGCCAAAUGAAACAGAAACUGACUAUAAUGAACCAAAUAAUUAUGAGUCGCCAAAUGAAACAGAAACUGACUAUGAUGAACCAAAUAAUUAUGAGUCGCCAAAUGAAACAGAAACUGACUAUGAUGAACCAAAUAAUUAUGAGUCGCCAAAUGAAACAGAAACUGAUUAUUUAAUACCAAAUGAAAACUUACUUAAUGAAAUAUUAAAUGAUGAAAUUGAUGAUGAAAUUGAUUAUGAAGAUUAUUUUGAUGAUGAAAUACUGAACGAUAAUGAAAUGUCAAUAGAUUCUAACAAUGGAACUCUAAAUGAAGAAGAACCUGAUAAAAUUGUUGAUAAGGCAUUAAAUAGUGAACAAGUACCAUCUAUGAGUGGAGUAUUUGCGCCAUAUUUUGAAAAUUUUACCACUACUCAAGCUUAUGAUGAAUUAGUAGAUAUAAUUCGUCAUCCACAAUUUAAAAGAGAAGAUGUUGUAACAAACAUUCGUCAGUUUAGAAAGUAUCGGCAAAGAUUACCUUUACUUCCAAUUAAAACACGAAAAAUUCAUAUUUCAAGCCAAAAAACACCAUCUACUUCCCAAAAUAUCAAGGAAAUGUAUUAUCUAUCCAUUACUGAUAUCAUUUGGCAUUCUCUCAAUAACCCUUCAUUAUUUAGUAAAAUGUACUUUGGACCAGGCCAAAUAGUCAAAAGAAAUCGCGAACUUUGGCAUGGGACCAUAUGGAAAGAAUCCCCACGAUUUGGGCAUGCAUCUUUUCAAAUGAAUGGAACAACAUACAAUUGUGGAGAGUUUAUAGUUUAUAAAGAAUCAAUAACAAGAAACAAUUUUGGUCAAAUCUUAGCAAUAGUGGAUACAGAUGGCAAGCUCAAAAUAUUAGUUCAACGUAUUAUACAAUUUGCCGAAUUGCCAACCAACUUGCAAAGCAGAAAUCGAAGAGAAAGAUCAUAUAAUGAAGUGUGGCUGUUAGAUCGAGAAAUGGAAAAUGCAAUCAUAAUAAUUGAAUUACAAAAGAUUGUUAGACUUGCCACAAUAAUUAUUCUCUACAAUGAAGACAAUAUUAAUAAUAUUACUUCAAUUUUUAUUCGUGAAAUUUUAUAUAAACAUCAAGGGCAUUGGAAAUUAAGAAAUGUUGCAUAUUCUUAUCGCCAUCCUUCAGAAUUUGCUGCAUUAGAUGAGCUGGUAACAAAUCUUCCAAUCUAUAAGCUAUAUAUUGACUUAUAUUACGAUGAUUUUGGAACAUUUAGAAAUUUUUGUCCCAUUUGGGGUUCUUUUAAUGAAUUCAUUUGGCCUUUUGUUGAUGAGAUGAAGCAGCUGGAAAAAGGAAUAAUAAUGGAUGUACAAGGAAAUAGAAGCUUUGUUAUUGCUAGUCUUGGAGAUGUAACUGCUGAUUUACCACAAGGAAAUGAUUUAGCUGGGGUUAAAAGACAUAGUGCCAUAAAAGGAUGCCGUACAUGUAAUGUAUCAAAGGAUUUUUGGACAUCUGAAGGUCUUGAUUUAUCAUUAGUUUCUCGUUAUCAUCAUAUUACUAAUAACCAAUUUGAAGAAAUUUCAUUAGCAGCAAAUAUAACAAGAAGUAAUGAAAUUGCUACAAUGUAUGGAUUACGUCUACAGCCAUCAAUACUCGAUGAAUUAAAAAGAGAAAGGCAUCUUCAGUCACCACAAGAUGUCUAUCAUCUUACAUCUGGCAAAGUGUUAAAAUUUCUCAAGAUAACAAUUGAAGCACUUUCACUGGAAGGAAAAUCUGAAUUCAUCAAGUUUUGGAAAUCAUUUGAAUAUCCAAGAAUAUGGCAAAAACAGGACCCAGAAAUAUAUAUAUAG